UGAGCGCGGCCGGCCGCUGCACUUGCUGCCCGGAGCCCUGCGCGCGCUGCCACCUUUCUGGGCCCCUUCUCGCCGCCCGAGAGGGCAGUAAAGGAGCGGAGCCGCUUCCCGACUUGCGCGCGGGACCACGAGGCCGAACCUCCGCGGCAACGACCUGGCUUCAGGUCGGCGGCGGGAGUGAGCGUCCCCUCGGGGAUGCGUGCGGAGGCUCCCGUCGCGGGUGAAGCCUCCGGGGGCUGCGGGCCGGCGGCUCCUGGGCCCCUCUGACUCUGCGCCCAGAGCGUUCCAUCAGCGAGGGCUCGCUCUCAAGGCAGCGCCCCCCGGGGACCGGCGAGCGGCAUCCCGCCCCGGCCGAGGGAGGGAUGACUUAGGACCCCUGCCCCAGCAGCCCGGCGUCGUCGGCUCCUGGACGUCGCGGCAGAGGACGAGAGGCCCGCUCGGGGAGCGCCGCGGAAGGCGUCCCAGUCCCGGCCGCCGCAGCACCGGGAGCCUGGUCGUCGGGGCCGCGACUUCCCGGAGACAGCUCUGCGCCGUCUGGAGCCUCGCCGCCCGCGCGCAGGGUGGUGCCAUGUGGGGCGGACGCCGCUCGCCCGCCGCUUCCCCUCGGAACGCCGCUUCGCUCUUGCAGCUGCUGCUGGCCGCGCUCCUGGCGGCGGGGGCGCGGGCCAGCGGCGAGUACUGCCACGGCUGGCUGGACGCGCAGGGCGUCUGGCGCAUCGGCUUCCAGUGCCCCGAGCGCUUCGACGGCGGCGACGCCACCAUCUGCUGCGGCAGCUGCGCGCUGCGCUACUGCUGCUCCAGCGCCGAGGCGCGCCUGGACCAGGGCGGCUGCGACAACGACCGCCAGCAGGGCGCCGGCGAGCCUGGCCGGGCGGACAAAGACGGCCCAGACGGCUCGGCAGUCCCCAUCUACGUACCGUUCCUCAUCGUUGGGUCCGUCUUCGUCGCCUUCAUCAUCUUGGGGUCACUGGUGGCAGCGUGUUGCUGCAGGUGUCUCCGGCCGAAGCAGGAGCCCCAGCAGAGCCGCGCCCCCGGAGGGAGCCGCCUGAUGGAGACCAUCCCCAUGAUCCCCAGUGCCAGCACCUCGCGAGGGUCGUCCUCCCGCCAGUCCAGCACGGCUGCCAGCUCCAGCUCCAGUGCCAACUCGGGGGCCCGGGCGCCCCCAACGAGGUCACAGACCAACUGUUGCUUGCCCGAGGGGACCAUGAACAACGUGUAUGUCAACAUGCCCACAAAUUUCUCCGUGCUGAACUGUCAGCAGGCCACCCAGAUCGUGCCCCAUCAAGGGCAGUUCCUGCACCCCCCCUACGUGGGGUACGCGGUGCAGCACGACUCGGGGCCUAUGACUCCUGUGCCCCCCUUCCUGGACAGCCUGCAGACGGGCUAUCGGAAGAUCCAAGCCCCCUUCCCCCACACCAACAGCGAGCAGAAGAUGUACCCAGCUGUGACCGUGUAGCUCAGGGUGCCCGCCGGGUUCCUGCACGGGACAGGAGCCACGGGGAAGCCGGGGAUGCGGGAAGAAUUCUCUAAGUGGAAGUCCGCCCGUGUGGCUGGUGUGGACGGCCCGAUUCUCUUGGAUGGCUUCGUUUGCCCCCGGCCGUACGAAAACGUCUCUUUCCACGUUAGCCUUUCUGGAUGUUGUUUCAUCCCGGUGCGUGAUUGAUUUAUGAUGGAAAAAAAGCAUCAUCUGGAGAUGCCCGUGUUGUUGCCCGUGGUUGUGUGACAGACACUUGAGGCCGUAAGGGCCCUUGAGGUACGACUGCCGGAAGGAUUUUGUGAACGGACAGAUUGAGGGUUUCUAUUGUAUCCUUGCGAUUAUUUCUUUUUUGUUUCUUACUGUCCAAGAUCGGAAUACCUGUUCCCUCCCUCUUACCUGGGUAAGAGUUUUAUAAGCAUCCAAGGUUCAGGGGAAGAUGUAAAGACAGAAUUAUUAUAAAAGGAGAUCCAGUUCGAACUCCCUGAGCUGGGUCCUUGAUCUCAGUGUUUCACAGGCACAUCUUAAUUUCAUUGUAAAAAGAUAGAUAUAUUUUGUCUAUUUUUGUGCUUUUUUUUUUUUUUGGUCUAUUUUGUGCUUUUUUACCUUGUGUAGAGAUCUUAUUACAAAGUGAUUUUCUACAUUAAAAAGAGACUGAAAGAAAUUGUAUAGUUACUUAACUAAUGACAUUUCAGAACUCUGGGACUAUUUUAAUCUUUUAAGUAGCGGGUGGUGUAGUAAUACAACCGUUCAUCUCAUUCCUGAUCGUAUCAUCUAAUUUUCUGACUUUAUAGUGACAUCUGAGAAGAGCGUAAUUAGAUGUUUUUAUAUUGAAAUCAUAAGUUACCACCUGCUACUUCUCCAAGUGAGUUGGAAUUUUACCGUGUGGUAUGGCUUGGCAUUUUGUUCUAUUCGGUUUUCGGAUCCCCAUGUCUAUAUGGUACCAUGUGCGGGUAAUUACUGUUAUAAAUGAAGAUCAGCAUUUCUGCCUAGAUCUGAUAAAACAUUUUCUUGUUUUCCUAUAAAAAUUCAAAGAAAUGCUUUACAACGAUACUUAGUAUAACUUCUCAGCCAUAAUCUGAGACUUGGGAUGAAAUUUACACCACAAAUACAAUAUACUUUGCAAAUCAUGAGGCUUUUCAUACUCUUGUUAUCAGAAUGGCUUAUUUUUCAGGCGGGGGCGGGGGGGGACUACUGAGUCACGAGAAAAGCUUUUCAAAGAGAUCUUGCCUUUCUUCCCUCACAGUUAGUUUUUGUUUUCCUCCCUCUUACAGUCCUCAACAAGCACUGUAUUCAUUACUAAUGUUCUGAGUUAUGAAAUUCAAGUGAAUCUGUACUGUUUGCUUAAAAGAAGUAAGUUUAAGUAUGUGCAACUGUAUUUCCAUCUGCUGGCACAACCAAGAUUUGCAAUUAAACCAUUUGUAAGGUA